UCCCCGGGCUCUCCUGCUGGCUGGGUCGCGCUCCAUCUUGAGUAGUUUCUAUUCAAGCCCGUGUACGGUGUGGUCCGAGAGUGUUUUCGUUUUUUAAAGUGCGAUUUUAACCCGAUGUUUUCAUUUUGAAGUGCCGAAAAACUGAAAUCAGAAAUGUCUUCGAAUAACACCGCGAAACAAUCGACCACCCAACGUAUGAUACAAGCCGUGCCGUUCCCGCCGAGCCAUAAGUUGACCGUGGCCGAGGUGUUCGACCCGAAGACCGGCAAACCGAAACCCGAAGUCCUGAAGCAACAUUUCAUUUUGGAAGGGCGCAUCGAUGAGACCGCCGCCCUGCGCAUCAUCAACGACGGGGCGCAGCUCCUGCGCGCCGAAAAGACCAUGAUCGACAUCGAGGCUCCGGUCACAGUAUGUGGCGAUAUACACGGUCAGUUUUAUGACCUUAUGAAAUUAUUCGAAGUUGGCGGCCCGCCCGCCAGUACAAAGUACCUUUUUCUUGGUGAUUACGUUGAUAGAGGAUAUUUUAGUAUAGAGUGCGUAUUGUACCUGUGGGCAUUAAAGCUGUGUUACCCGACCACAUUAUACCUUCUUAGAGGGAACCACGAAUGCCGGCAUUUAACGGAAUAUUUCACUUUUAAACAGGAAUGUAAAAUAAAAUAUUCGGAACGUGUAUACGACGCCUGCAUGGAGGCGUUCGACUGUUUACCGCUCGCGGCGCUCAUGAACCAACAGUUCCUCUGUGUACACGGCGGCUUAUCACCGGAAAUACACAACUUAGACGAUAUACGAAAGUUAGAUCGAUUUAAAGAGCCGCCCGCAUUCGGACCGAUGUGCGAUCUCCUCUGGUCGGAUCCCCUCGAGGAUUUCGGAAACGAGAACAACGCGGAACAUUUUUCACACAACUCCGUUAGGGGCUGCUCAUAUUUCUACAGCUAUGCUGCCUGUUGUGACUUCCUACAAAACAAUAAUCUCCUUUCAAUAAUUAGAGCGCACGAAGCCCAAGAUGCUGGAUAUAGAAUGUACAGAAAAAGUCAAACGACUGGCUUCCCUUCCUUAAUCACGAUAUUCUCAGCGCCCAAUUAUUUGGAUGUUUAUAAUAAUAAGGCGGCCGUGCUAAAAUACGAGAACAACGUGAUGAACAUCCGCCAGUUCAACUAUUCGCAGCAUCCCUACUGGUUGCCGAAUUUCAUGGACGUGUUCACGUGGUCCCUUCCAUUCGUCGGCGAAAAAGUCACCGAGAUGCUCGUCAACGUGCUCAACAUUUGCUCCGAUGACGAGCUCGUCUCCGACGGGGAUGACGCCCUCGAAGAAGCCCUAAAAGAACCGAAACAGGCUAAAAUAGUUUAUAAAAAACCUGCAGCUAACUUAAGGAAAGAAGUGAUACGGAAUAAGAUCAGAGCCAUUGGGAAAAUGGCUCGAGUAUUCUCUGUAUUAAGGGAGGAAAGCGAAUCUGUACUCCAACUGAAGGGUCUCACGCCGACUGGAGCGUUACCCCUGGGAGCCUUAUCCGGCGGCAAAACCAGCCUCAAAAACGCUCUACAAGGGUUCUCGCCGAAUCACAAGAUCACCAGUUUCGCGGAGGCGAAGGGCCUGGACGCCAUAAACGAGCGCAUGCCGCCCCGUAAGGACGCGCCGCCCUCACCGGCGGGCGAGGAUCCGACCGGCGGCACAGCGACCACCCCGACGCACCAAUCGAACCACACGACGACGUCACCGGCGGCGGCGGCGACGACGACGACGUCGGCGCAGCAGCAGGCGAACGCGCACUCGUGAGCUGCUGCGGCUGCGCGGUCGGAAGCCUAGGGACCGGCUACGGCAGCGGCGGCGGCGACGGCCUCCCCCCUUUCCUUCUUAUUAUUAUUAUUAUUACAGAUCGGGCCAAGUAUUUGCUGCUGCAGGGAUUGGCGUGAAAACCCGGACGAUCAUCUUUUUGCGCCCCUCCACCGGUCCCUAAACGUCAUCGUCGUCACCAACUCGAUAAGUCGUCACGGAGGCAAGUCGUGUGAUCGAUCAUCAUCACCACGUCACCCUCGCGGAGCGCUGACAGGUCCGGGACCAAACGGAAGCAACCCCGUGCGUCCCUCCCUUUUUUCCGAGUGCACCUUGUUUUACUAUAAUACCGUCUCGCUCUUACACACUGUGCUCUACUGUACUGUUGUCCUUAUUGGGGCCUCCCCCCUUCGAUAUGACUUUUCUGCUCUUUUACUAAAAUUUUAUUAAUUUCCCGGUCAUAUUAAUAUAGUCUUUUGAUUUGACAAGACUGUUUAAUAAUGAUGUCGUUAAUGUUAUAUUUGUGGUCUUAAUAGUGACGUUUAUCAAAUUAUACAAGGUGUCUACUAUAAAAACCGUCAAACCUUAAGAGGUGAUUAAACAAGGCAUUUGCAACAAAAAAGUCGUAUAACAUUUGCACACACGCGAGUUCUUCUGGUAUUUAAAAAAUUUUAAUUUUAUCAAAUUUCUUUGUUUUUUUUUUCAUAUAAACAAGAAUAUCUCCGUUAUUCUUACCACCACAUAAAAUUUAGAUAUACCAUCUGAAAGAGAAUUAAAUUUGCUAUAAGAUGGGUAUAUUUAAGUUUUUGAGUAAUUUUUUAUACCGGGUGUUAUCAAAAGUUAAAUGUAACAUUUGGGAAAUGUGCAAAAUUAGUGGCAAAAUCUUCUUCGUUGUCGUUGUUUUAAAAUUUGGUAAAGAGUUUCCAGCAUGACGGAAAUGUGCAUGUCUUUAAGGCCAAAUUAAAAAGAUAUUUAAGAGGCUCAGUGAAAACAGCACUACAAUAUUUUAGUAGAAAACAGGGAAUAAGAUCAUGGCCCGAACUAGACUUACUCUUCAUAUUUUUCAAAGUUUGCUCAAUUUCCAACUCAGAAAUAUCAUCUAUAUGCACGCAGAGAUUUGAAACUACAUGGUUAUCAUUUGGAUUGAAUAACAGAUGGUCAGUUUCAUCAUUGUUUGUAGAGGUAUAAUCACUUUGGAAAUAGGACGCAAAUGCAUUUACUAUGUGAUUCAGUUCCUCACUGCGUUAUAGCCAUGCAUUCUACCUGGUAUUCUUGAACAACCCUUCUUUGUCUGUAUAUAUGACCAGAAUAAAGCAGGAUUAGUAGAUAUACUUUUUUGAAUUUCAUUUAUAUAAGAUGCAUAACAAGUAUUUAUCUGUGAUUUAACAACAGUUCUAAAUCUUUUAAAUUCAGUAAAGCGGUAGUUACUACCUGAAUUUUUAAAUGCCUUGUGAUAUUUUGGCUUUAAGUUUUAUAUUGUGUUUAAUUUCAGUAGAAUACCAGGAUGAAAACCACCUCUUCUUUUUAUUAAUUUUAAAUAAAUGAACAUGCAAAUCAAGCAGUUGGUAAAGCCUAUCAUAAAAUAGUUGACAGGCCAAAUUAAUGUUAUUUUAAUUAUUUAGAAAUGACCAGUCUACAUUAUACAAAGACCUGGAAAAUCAGCUCUCUUAAAGUUAUAUGACUUACAUAAAUUAUUUGUUGUAAAAUUGGAUAGUUUAGCUACUUGCCAAUUAAAAGAUAUUGAAAGUGCGGGAUGAUAAUUAUCCUCAACCAACAAAGGUGGAGUGUCAUGAGAUACAAUCCCGGAUAUGUUUGUGAAUAUGGGAUCCAACUUACGAUUAUUUAUGUUUAAUAUUGAAUUGAGCUGCGACCUGUGAGGUCUGCAAAAUAUUUUAGGUUAUGAGCUUUACUGUCAGGUCGUUCAGAUUCAUAGAUAUCGCGAUAUGUAAUUUGUUUACGGCUUCUUUAGUGGAAAUUUGUGGAGUUGUAAUAGGGAUAGAUCUACAAGUACUCACCGCAAAAGAUCAAGAAAUAUAAAAUUUGAAAAUUUUCAAUUUUUGUGGUUUUCCUUCUUUUGCCCGUGAUAUUGCUGUGAAAACAAAUAGCUAUCACAAAAGUAAUUAUAUCAUUGGAAAGCAUUUAUAAAUGCAGUAGUUUUUUCUGAAAAAAAAACAUGUCUCUAUUUACCAAAUUGUAGAAAAACGACAACGAAGAAGAUACCACUAAUUUUGCACAUUUCCCAAAUGUUACAUUUAACUUCUGAUAACACCCGGUAUAAAAAUUACUUAAAAACUUAAAUAUACCCAUCUUAUAGCAAAUUUAAUUCUCUUUCAGAUGGUAUAUCUAAAUUUUAUGUCGUGGUAAGAAUAACGGAGAUAUUCUUGUUCUUGAUAAAAUCAAAUAAUGUUAAAUACCAGAAGAACUAACAACUUUUCGAAAAAAUGUUAUACGAAUUUUUUGUUGCAAAUGACUUGUUUAAUCACCUCUUAAAGUUUGUUUUUAUAGUAGACACCCUGUAUAGAUGGAAGUAGGACAACGGCACACACACAAACAUAAUGUUUAUUCGAAUACAAAACAGUCGUGGCUUAUCAGGACUGUCCCUUAAAACAACAUUCCAUUGCAAAAACAACCCUUAUUCUCUCGACGCCUUCUCGAUUCUACUAAGAAGAAAAAAACAAAAAAAAUUAUAACCAUGAACUCGUUAGUAGAAUCUGUAGAAUAUAAAUGUAACUUCGUAAAGAGUUUAAAAUAAAAUAAAAACAUACAUAUAUAUAUAAAUAGGUCUAGGAAUCGUACUAAUUGCUUGCAAUAUUUUUGGAAAACUACUACAGAUAUUUUUGUAAUCGGUUUUUCGGAUACGACAGAUCUGCGAUUCUGUUCCCUUGUAUUGUCAAUGACACGUUUUUGCUUAAUCGCAGCCUCUCCUGUUUUUUUUGUGAUGACAUUCGGUUCGCUUUAAAAGUAGUUUUUCAAAAUUUGUUUGAAGCAAUAAUUAACGUGAAAUCGGUGUUAAGAUGGACUCUGCUCUUCUACCCUGAUGAUGAUGAUGAUGAUGAUACAUUUUUAUUAACAAACUGUAGCCGUGUAGUAACUAAAUUGAAUAAGCCUUCACCUAAUCGUUAGGUAAACCUAGUUCCAUUGUUAUUUUUUAAAUAACGGUAGAAACCAAUAUUUGCGACUGUCUUGACUUUUGUUGUUUAUAUAUCACGUCUUUCAAAGUUGUAUAUAAAUGCAAUUUCUUCCCUAUGACUAUUAUAGUUAGACAUUUACUUACUCUUUACAUUUUAUAUAAGAUAUUGUAAUAAUAGCGAUAAUAUUAAAUUAAAAAGAACACGUUGAAAUUACUUUAAACUAUAAAACGUGUUCCUACGUUGGAUAUACUUUAAUAAAUUAAAGCAUACUUUUUCGGUAAAGAUAUUUAAUUUGGCAACUCUGGAUAGGUCAAUUUUUGACACCUUUCAAAUCAAUUUUCAUCAGUUUAAAAUGUUCUUCGAUUAUGUUGUUUUUCAAGAAGGCUUAGAAAGAAAGCCGACUUGACUGUUGAUUGUCGUAGUCGCGGCACCCUAGAGUAAAUUUGUUUUGCACAUUUAUUAUUUAAGUGUCAAGACAUGCCAGACUAAUAAUUCCACGCAAAAAUUUCUAUUGGCUGUAAUUUCCAGUAAAACCAGACGUCAUUACUAAUAACCAAAUAUAGAAUUUCGUCCAGUGUACUAUCAGUAUGUAAAGCUCUUAGCUCAAAGUGGCCUUCUUAACUUAGAAGAAAUAAAGCUUACUUGAGUAUGGGUUGUCAUUAAGUAAUUUAAAAUACUUUAUUAUAUGUCAUUAUUGGCUAUUUUAAUUUUCAAAGUCCUUUACUGUUUACAUAGUCAAUGUGUACUGGAUUACAACUUAAACAUUUCUGAUAACACCGACUGUUAUUUCAAGUCUCUAUUAACAGCUAAAUACGUAAUUUCUACUAACUUUAGUCUAGUGAGGCUUUGUUAAAACUGUCAAUUCAAAAUGGCCGAAGAAAUAAAGCCUACGGGACUAUUAAUUGUCAGAGUUAUGGCCCACUAGAGUAGGGGAAGGGUGUACAAAAUGACAUAGGGGUCUCAAAAAUCAAAUUUGUCUAUUAACAAAAAAUAUUUUAAUUCUACAAAAGUAACAAAAAAAUACAGGCAUCUUUACUCUAUUUUCUAAAAUAAAAAUCACUAAAAAAACUCAAAAAGAAAUUCUCAUUUUAAAGUAUUUAAUUACCUAAGUCGGUAAAAUGACAUACCUAUUAAAUAUUGCCAAAAAUUUCUGUAGAAAAUUAAUUAUCGCAACACAGUUCACAAAUAAACAUCUUAGUUUUUCUGUCGACUCCAGCACACUCAGCGUGUGCCCAUUUCGAGCAAGAACAACAUUGCAGCCAAAUUUCCUUGGCCUUUGACCUUUUAAAUUCUUCCACCCAGUAAAUGCAAGUACAAUCUUCGUCGUCUUCUAUUAAGAAUGGGUUGUUUUCCGAUUCAGAGUCAGUGUCAACAAAUACCUUUUUAGUUGCAGCUCAUUUUUUAUUUUCGCCUGUGGGUGUAGUUCUUGAUUUUGCUUCCUCCAAAAAUUUGGAGUAGAAUUUAGCACGGUAGUGCCCUGACGCUUUCUCGGCUUCCUCUUUCCCUGGCCUGAGAUAAAUGGUCCUACUGGAAUGGGGCUCAGAUCGGAGACAGUAACGGCAAGUAAACUUUUAUUUUGUUGAUCUGAUGUACUGGGGAUUACUUUUUGAAGAUUGGUUACGUCCUUUAAAUUGCCCAUCCCGCUUGAAGUUUGUAGAGAUAGUGCUGCGGAAGGUUCUUCAGCUAGAGUGUUUUUUAUAUUUAUAUUACCUUCAGAUUCUGGAAUAUUUGUUGUCUCUGCUGCUUGAAACAUGUAUUCUGGAAAUACAUCAGGAUUUAGUGGGCAUAUUCCGGUUUUAGAAAAGCCGUUUUGAAUAGUGGCAGCUUUUACAUAUGCUUCAGUAAGUAAGGCACCUAUUUGAAAUUGCGUUACAACUCUGCCUGGGUGUGCCUUAACCCAUUAACGCCUGGUUAAUUUUUGUUUGGCAGAGAAAUAUCAAAUGAUUAUUUUUUAGGUUUUUAGGAUACAAUACAAGGAUUGACAGCAAUUUUUUAGUUUUAUUGGUAAUACUGUAGCCGAAAUUAAAUGUGACCAUAUGGUAACACUAGGCGUUUUAACUACCUAGUUAUAACAAUUUGUAAAAAAAAAAAAGAAUUGUUCAGUGUCAUUUAUUUUAAAGUAAAAAACAAAAACUGUUAUUUUAGACUAAAAUCUACUUUCAUUGAAAAGCUACUUUGUAUGAAAUAAAGAAAAACAGUCAGUACAAUCACCCACGUCGCAUUUUUUGCACAUUGUUCUUCCCACUGCGGAACAGCCCUCUCCAGCACAACGUCGCCGUUUGUUUUGGGGAACUCGAAUAACCAAAUGAUCCCUUUUAUCAUACCGAAUAUCAUCCGAUACCUUGUUCAAGGAAACUGAGCUUGAAGAUGUGGAAACUUUACCAGGACCUUUUGGUGGAACUCCAAAAGAGUUCAAAUAAAAUUCGCUAUUUCCCUUCUAAACUCUAAUUGCGGAAGAGUUCCUCCAGAUUUCUUGUGGAAUUGCCGAGCAUUCUGCACACACGCAUCCAUUAGCCACGUAAAUAUACUCCACCACCACUUUUUACCCCUUAUACCAAUGCGGUAUCUCGAUAUAUUCUCGUCCAUAAGGUCAACGCCACCCAUAUAAGAAUUGUAAGUUCCAAUCACAAACGGCCGAGGCACUUGAACUACUUUUUUUUCGGCACUUGAAUAUCGGCGCACAGAUUCAAUUGGUUGUACCUACUCCAAAACAUGUUGACGCCAGAGUGACAACUCCAUUAUCAGCCCAGCGAACAUAUGAAAUCCCAUUUCCCUUAUCAAGGAUAGAUUCGGUAGUACCUCUCGGUUUUUUUUCAAAGGUCUUUUUUUUUGUAAGAGAGCAUCCCUUAGGUAAUCUAUUUUCAUGCACAGUUCCAGUACCUUGAUACCCUUUAUCUCGUAAAUAUUUAAGGAGCUUUACGCCUGUAAAUAAAUUAUCAAAAUAGAGUUUAUAUGGUUUGAAACCUUUUACUCUUUCUACUUCUUUUAGCAUUUGCACCAUGGGCGCUGAUGCUUUACCGAAUAAUAAUUCACACUCAUGGGAGCGGCGGGGGUUAUUUCCCUGAUACAUUUUACAGUUGAUGAGGUAACCGGAAGCCGUAUUCAUACACCACAUUUUAUAGCCGAAACGAACUGGCUUACCUUGAAUAAACUGCUUGCAGCUGUGUUUUCCGAAGUAUCGAAUCAUAGAUUCGUCGUAACAUAGAUGUUCUUCAGGCUCAAAAUAAGCUAAUAAGUUUUCCUUGAUCUUGUCCAUUAGUGGACGCAUUUUCCACACUUUAUCAGACAGCUCUGGUUUACAAUUAUCAGCGAAGUGAAUAAAACGCGGAAUUUUGCAAAAACCGGUCCCUGCACAUAGACAUGUAAACCAGUUCAUUUCUCAUGUCAUUAUUUGAGUCCCGGUAAAACCUUUUUCCUGGCAAAUCAAUAUACCCACUAAUAAUAAGAAUGCCAAUGUAGCAUUUCAUUUCUUCUACAGAUACUUUAGGGUCCGGACAGUUUUUGAAUAAGGCAUACCUGGACGUUUCCUCGAUCAUUAUAUGUAUGAUGUCAUCAUGGAUAAACAAUUCUAAUAAUUCCACGGGACUUAAAUGUUGAUAUGGCUUGAAGUCACAUGUUGGAAAAAUUUGGUGAUUUGGGUGCAAAUCUCCUUGGACCCAGUCAAAGUCCUCUACAUCAACAGUAAUUUGUGUUAUCGAAGGUGCUUUGUUUUGUGAUGGCGAAGGAGACCUAUGUUUUGGUGAAGCACGAAGUGAUCCAAGACUUCGCAACAAAUCAUCAGAACUGCACCCACCAACUCUGGUGUUGUCCAGAAGUUUUACUUCGGCUUGACCUCUAAGUUGUCUGCCAGAUAAAUUGUCAAUAAAUCCACUACCAUCUUCAUCCCCGGAGUCUACGUCUGUCAGAACGUCCGGAUCGGGUGGUUCAAUAAAUAUUUCGUCUAUAUUAUCACUAUAGGCAAUCUCUAGGGCAUCUUGAAGUGAGAAACCCCUCCUAUAACAAAAAAAAAACAAUUUACAAAAAAUUCGGUAGUGUAACCGCCUAGCGUUACCAUACGGUAACAGGCUGAUAUAUACAUCUGUAGCUAAUCUGGCAUAACUCAGAUUUCGACAAAAAAAUAACUAGUACAAUAUUUGAUAUGUCUUCUCACUGGCUAAUAAAGUUAGAAACGGUUUCAUAAAAAAACUCGAACAAUAUACUUACACAAAGUUUGGCUCCAUAGCACUUUUACGCAAUAGCAAAAACACCUAAAUAAAUUACACGCACACGUGUCUGGUACGAACGUCGUCUAGACCUGUUAUGAACUAAUCAACAAGUUGAACUAUUUUUAAGAGACUGACAGUGUCAUCUCUCCAACCGGCCUAAAAAUAGAGCCGCAGCAUCCUUUAUAGAAAGCGUAAAUAAUUAUGACCAUACGGUAACGCUAGGCGUUAAUGGGUUAAGCCACUUGGUUAAAGCUUGAUCGAAAUAGGUUUUUAAGGGACCGAAGAAUGAAACAUCAAGGGGCUGCAGUCGGUGGGUGCAGUGAGGAGGCAAGCAGAGCAGAACAAUACCAUGUUCUUUGGAGAAAAUCAGACCAUCAAGGUACUUAUGGCUGGAAUGGCCAUCAACAAUUAAAAGCACCUUUUCGUCUAAUGAGGCCUUCGUAAGCUUUUGAAAAUGUUUUAACCAUUGCAAAAAUACUGGUCCAGUCAUCCAACCAGACUCCUGAGCAAUGCCAAGAGUCCCUGGGGGAGCAUUAUCAGUAAGUUUGUUCUUCAUGUUUUUUCUGGGAAAUAUUGAGGCUGGUGGGAUAAAAUUACCAUUGGAACUCAUGCAGCAAAGAACGGUUACAUGGGAUCUCCUUUCGGCACUGGUUAUAGCACCUACUUGUUUACGACCUGUUGUUGCAAAUAUUUUUUGAGGCUUUUGCACAGUAGAGAGUGCUGAUUCAUCGUGGGUUGAUAUUUUCUUUUUUAAUUACCUUUUCUAGAAUCUCAAAAAAACGAGCAACUUGUGGUUUGUUGAAAGCCUGGGCUCUAGUAGCAGAUGUCGCCUCUGCCUUACGUAAUGCUAUAUCCGGAUUUCUUCUUCGGAAUCCUCGCAGCCAAUCUUUUCAUUUAUUGUUGAAAUAUAGUCAAGGCGUACUAGAUUAAAAGUUUAAAAUUUGACGAAAAAAUUUACGUAAUGAUGGUAUUUAGAAUGACACUUUUCGCUGUCAUUUCCGGUAGUACAGGAAAUAGAUAGUCUUCUUUAGUGUUAAUCUCGUGUGCCAUGACUAUUAUAGUGAAUGCCUCCUUGACUAUUAACUGUCUUAGUCAUUGCAUAUUAGAAACAAAUUAAACAUUUUACAAUGAAAAUGUGAAAAAUUAACAUUUUUGAAUGUCAAUUUAUUCAAUAUAUCAGAAUUCAAUUAAAAGGCAAAGUUCAAAAUUUGCUCUCAUUUCAGGUAUAACCGAAAGUAAGCAAUAGAACCUUCUCAAAUUGUUAUCUAGUGUGCCGUGACUGUUCUAGUGAAAAGCCUUUGCGACUAUUAGGAGAGAGGGGGGUAAAAUUAUCCCCCUAAGAAAAAAAUACUUUAACUCCAGUUUGAUAGAAUAGGCCUAUAAAAGAGUAAUUUCUCUUAAUAAAACCACACUUUUAAUAAAAAAAAAUUAUUUACUUUUCAAAAAUUUUACAAAAUCAUAGAAGUCGCAAAGGGAUCAUUUUCUUCAAAAAACUUCAAACUCCUUCUACAAAAAACUUAAAAAAAAAUACUCUGACAGUAUAAUAUCGAGAUAAACUGUAUUUAAAACCUAAGCUUUCUCUGAACUUUUGCUAGUGCUAAAGGAACAUCGGAGCGAUAUUCGCAAAUAAAUUCAUCCUCAUCUUCUUCCGCACACAAUUCGUGAGCCCAUUCUAAACACUUUUUGCAUUGAAUCCAACCAUCAACUGAUGUAAAAUAUUCUUCACAGCAGUAAAGACAAGUUGGAUUUGUCUCGUCUUCCGAAUCCGAAGAGUUGAAAAGGCUUUCUUUUAUUUUAUUUCCAUUUUUCGGCGUCUUCUGCUUUAGUGUCUUCUUGUCAUUUCUCUUUUUUGUUUUAAUUGUGUUUUCUUUUACUUCCUUUUUCUUGAUACUUUCUUCAAGCGCAGUUUUGUAUGGCGUGCUGGUCAAGACUGCACUUCCACAAGACUUUCUCUUUCUUGUGUUUCUCUUGCCUUGAAUUUUUGGAAAUGGUUGACAUUCUUGUAGUGUCACUGGAAAAGAUGAAUUUAUUUGUUUUGAGCUGGGCCCAGGCUCAGGAUUCAAGUACGGAUCGUAUCACUAGCAUCAUUAUGAGAAGCUAUAUUGGAUAUAUCUGUCAAUGGGUUACGUGGAUUGGAACCUGGUGCCACAUCUUCUACAGUUUCAUCAGUCUCACUAGGUAUUUGAUCGGUUACUUCAGCGGCCAAAAAGUCAACAUCUGAAAAAACCUCGAGUCAAAUGGAAAUAUGCCAGUUUUACGAAACCCGUUUAUCUCAUUUGAUGGUAUGCAAGCCUUUAAGUAGCCUUCGCAAAAUAUUUGACUUGUUUGAAACACCGUCACGGUUCUACCAGGAUGAUGGUUUAACCAUUUUUCCAAUGCUUGGUCUAAAUAAACACUAAGGGGACCCAUAACAGCAACGUCCAACGGCUGCAGCUUGUGAGUACAGUAUGGAGGUACAAAUUUUUCUCUGGCACUUAAAAUAACAUCGAGAUUUCUUGUGUCGCAAAUCACGAGUUGUGAGUCCAUAUAUCCUGCUUUCAAAAUCUAGCAUAUGAGUUACUAACUCUUGCUCUUGUUCCGGCGAAAAUACAGGGUGGCAGCUCCCAAGUGACUUUAUCUCUAGCUUUGCUACCUUAUUUUUGUCCAUUACACGCCGUUUAAGCGACAUUCUUGGUACGUUAAAGAUUCGGGCAGCGGUUUUCACAGGCAUUCCUUGCUUAAUUUCUGCUAUGGCAUUUUUCAUGUGCUCAGCAUCCCAAUUUUGCCUAUUGGUUAUUCGCUUAUAUGUUCGUGGCAUCCUGUAAGAAUACGACGUAAAAUGAGUUUGUAAAUAAAAAUUAGGAUUUACAACAAUUUGGUAAGAACUAGGGGGUAAAAUGAUCCCCUUUUUAAAACGGGAUCGUUUUGCCCCAAAGUGACAUGCAGUACCAUUUGUUAAAAGAAAAUUAAUUGACAUAUAUUAAUUAAACAAAAACCACAAAUCAACUCAGCAUCCCUUCCUCAACAAAACAACGUAAGAAGAAGAUGGAUCAGUCACAUUGUUAAAAAAAUAAAUAAAACAAAACAAAUACCUUACCUUAUAUUAUAAACGUAAAAAACACAAGUUCACGUAGCAAUUGUUGGAUUCGAACUGAAUCGCAAUUCCGAUUGUGGUCUAUUUAUAACCUCUUCGCCUAGAACAUUGUUGCCAAUAUUACGCUUAUUUUGCAUAAAAUGGGAACUUUUAAAUUGCGGGAUCAUUUCAACCCGCAGGGAUCAUUCUACCCCUCCCCCCUAUAGACUCUCAUAGUUGUGGCACACUACGGACAAUUUAAAUAUUUAAAAAAGUUGAAUAUUUGCUCUUCUCCAGUACAACCAAAAAAGUCACAGAAAACAAACAUUAUACAGAAAGCAUCCUCGACUAUUCACUGUCAUAAUCAUGUCACACUAGAGAAAAUUUAAAGACUUUAGAAAGGAAAUGUAAACUUUUAACAUAUUAGUGUCCUGCUAUUACAGAACUUAACAUUAAAUUAACAUGUAAAAAUUUAUGGUUUGCUCUUAUUGGUGGUGCAACCGGAAGUCACAAAAAACAAUCAAAUACAGACACCUACUCUAAUUUUAAUCAGGUGUGCCAUGACUAUUACAGGGAAAGCCUUGUUGACUAUUAACUGUCAUUGUCAUGGUACACUUUAGUAAAUUUAAACAGUUUAUAACGAAAAUGUUAACAUUUGACAUGACAUGGUAUUACAGAACUUCAACUUUUAAUUUAAAUAUGGAAGUUCAUAAUUUGCUCUCGUUUCUGAAACAUAACCGGAAGUCACAGUGUGCCGUGACCGUUCUAGUGAAUGCCUUCUCGACUAGGGAUGCAACGAUACUAGGAAAGUAUCGAUACUUUGUACUCACGAGUAUUUUUUGUUUAAGUAUUACUAUGCUUAAAAGUAUCGAUAUUCUUAGGUAUCGAUUACUUUUUCAAUAAUAAUUCAAUAAUUUUUGGUUAAUGUUUAUUACGUAUAAAAUGCAGGUAGUGUUCAGAUACAUAAUACAUAUAGCAUAUAGAGACUUUAUUGACGUAAAUAUAUCAAUAUAUCUUGAUAUUCAAUAUCUAUCUAUCUUGAUUUCAAAAUAAAUAAUAUUUUGGGAAAAAAACAAAUGAUAAACCUAAAUCCAAUCUUCUUCUGGAAUCGGCCCGAGGAAUAAGAGUUUCUCCAAACGUUUGCCUAAAAGUCUAUUUCUAGCUUGGGUUACUGUAGCACCGGCAUGAGAAAAUAGGCGUUCUGAUGGAACGCUAGUUGCUACAAGACAGAAAUAUUUCAUAGCAAUCUUAUAUAAUUUUGGGUAUAUGGUUUUCAUGUCCAUCCAAACUUUCAGUGCCUCACUUUUCAGUGAAGUAACUGAAUUAGCUAGAUAUAAUGACAACUCAUCGAUAGAGCUAAUUGACUGUGAAUCUUUUCUUUUCUGUUUAUCAAGAGUCAAGCUCUGAUGAAAACUCCAGAAAUCAUUGUAUUUCCUCUGUGGAAGGGUUUUCAAUGCCGUCAACGUCCGAUUCAUCAUUCACCAUACUUCUUAUCAUAGUUAAUGCACUGGCAAGAGCUAGUGGAUCUUGAAAGUGAAGAUUUUUAAACCUAGGAUCCAAGAUUGUUGUUAUUGCAAGUUUCUUUACCUGUUCAACAGUUGAGAAUCUUUUUUCCAUUUCUUUAAUGAUAAAAGAUUUUAUCUCUUGAGAUUCUCUCAUAUCUAAGUGGUUGCUAAGUAAUUAUGUGUUGUACAGUUAAUCGUUGGUAUGACUCUAGAUGCAGUAACAUAGAAUUUACCAGAUAAUUCACGUGUCAUAAACGGCUUGAGAACAAUUAUAAGCUCUUUAACAAGUAAUAAUUCCAUUGCAUCAAGCAUGGGUGGAGCUUCCCUUUUUCCAAACAAAACUUCGCUUACAAUUUGUGCCAGCUCUAUAAAUCUUUGUAACAUAAAAAAUGUGCUGUUCCAUCUAGUUUUGACAUCCAAAAUUAAAUUUUUUAGGUUUCCUUCAUUAACAUAGUUUUGUUUUUGGUGAUUUCGCAGCUGAUCACUAGCAUUUACAGAACUUUUAAACCAUUUAACAAUGUUUCGCACUUUACUUACUAUAUCUGAUACUUUAUUAUUGGCACCAUACCAUCUGUCACCACGGCCACCACUUUAUCCAAUGCUAUUACCCAUUUCUCUAAGCUACUUGUUAGUUUUUGACAAAUGUAUUCGGAUGUAUGUCUUUGAUCCAACUCUUGCACAGCAAUUAUGAGUGAAUGUUGAUUACAGUUUACAACAAAAUACCCUGUGAUUCCGAGAAAGCUUCUGGUUGUCAUCAUUUCACUCCAGAUAUCGCAUGUAAGUGAUAUGAAUGAAACUGACCUCAUUCUUUCUUUGUACACUGAAAACAUUACUUCAUGUUUAGAAUCAAUUUUAGCUUUAAUAUACUCUCUACUUGGAACCUUAUAUAAAGGCGCUAUAUUCUUCAUUAGCUUUUUAAAUCCCCUUCCUUCAAUGGCAUAAAAAGGUCUGUUGUCUGCACAUAUAAAGAACAUGAUUGCAUUUGUUAUUUCACUAUGGCGAGAACCUCCCUCUAAAAAAGAAGAAAUUUUGAAUAGUUAAAUAUCCACAGUCUGAUGUUAAAAAAACCUAUUACCACUAUAAGAAGAAACAGAUCGAAAAGAUUUUAAAAUCGGGUGUUCAGUUACGCUACUGCUAUCAGAAAAGCUUGAUAAUGGCCUUGGCCCACGGCAUAGCUCUGAACUUUCUUCGCUACUUGUGGAAGGUUUUGAAUUGCUAUAAAAGUCAUUGGUGUUAUUUUGUUCCUCAUUCUCGGCAGUACCGUUUAAAGGAACUUGAGAUAAUGUGCUUUCUUGGCAAUCAACACCUCUUCCUUUUGCAGAUUUUGUAUCUUUAAUAAUAUUGAUUCCAUGUACCUAAAAUUAAAUUUAUCUUAAAAUUUCUACACUAUAUUGUAAUCACUGUUUUCUUGAUAUAUUGGCGAAUGCAACCUCCAAUGCUUUUUUUAUGAAGUUGGUUAAAAACAGGGUCUAUUUCUGACAGUUUUUAGAUUUACAUUUGACCAAUAAAAACUCCAAAUAAUAUGAAAAAUCUUACCUUUAAAUAUUUAAGCAUAUUCGAUGUAUUUCCAGUUGUUUUUAUGACCUUCAAAAAUUGUUUGCAAGAUACAGACGAUGUAUUUACCUUGUUGAAAUACAUCCAACAUCCACUUUUUUGUUUAGACGCAGGCGGCAUGAUCCGCAAGAUCAUGGAUCAGGAUCAUUUCUGAAAACAUAAUUAUCUGUUUGUAAUUACUUAUUUACCCUACUUAUUUACUACAUUACAAUGAUUUAUUUAUUUUCCUAGUUUGUUAGAUGUACCUUUCUAUUUUUAUUCUUACCUUCUUCUAAAUCCUGCUAAAUUAUGCUAAAUACUACUUUAUCACAAAUCACUUUUAACACAACUUACAAGUAGGAAUUCCGCAUUCCGCUCGAAGUUGCGUUGCGUUUCUAAUUAUCGUGGGGUAAUCGAACGGCAACGUCCGGCAUGCGCGUGCAUAAUAAGAUCCUUUACGGUCCUACUGCACCAUACAAAUUUUUGAGUAAAAAUACCGAAAAAUUGUUCCUAAUUUUACAUAUUUUUUAAAUAUCCUAUUUGCUAAAACUAAAUUAGAUUUUGAGCCAUUAUGAAAAAGAAAAAGAAACUGCAAACUAGACAAGUUUAUCCCGAAUGACGUUACUGUCUACCACAUUUUUCGAAGCAUAUAACUGUGAACGUCUUCCGGUUCCCACCAGCAUUAUUUACAGACCUUUGUGCAAGAAAAAAAAGAUAUAAAAUAAAACGGUCCAUUUAUCUACUUCUUUUUUCAAUUCAAAUUACUCUGUUUACAAAAGAUGUUGCUUCUGUAGAAGUUAUUUUUAUUUAAGUAUCGGUACCUACUCGCUAGAUAAAUAGUAUCGAUAGAUAAAAGUAUCGAGUAUAAAAAGCACUCGAUAUUUUAAGAAUGUAUCCAUACUUCUAAAGUAUCAAUAGUAUCGUUGCAUCCCUAUUCUCGACUAUUAUAGACUGUCAUAGUCAUAACAUGCCACAGCAAAUUGAAAUAUUUUUGAAAAGUUGAAAAUCUGCUCUCAUCCGGCACAACCAGAGUCACAAAAAGUAGAGACUGUUCUUAAAUUCUAAUUCAGUAGAAGUGAAAGCCUCCUUGACGGAAAAUGUAAAGUGCCAUUUCCUAUUAAACAUAAUAUAAAAGUGCAUUUAAAAUUCCUGUAAUUUCCGGUUAAACCGGAAAUCAGCAGUAACAUCCAAACGUAGACUUUCCUCUAAUUUUGAUCUAGUGCCGUAACUUCCUGGACUAUUGACUAUCAUACUCACGAUAAACGGUGAGAGUUCAUAUAAAGUUUUUUGGAGUCAAAGACAAAAAAACCAAUUACAUACCGUUUUAACAUAGUCUGGGAUUAGAUUAUUAAGCCAGAGUGGCCAAAUUGAAUAUCGAAUUUUGUGCGUUAAAGUUAAACGUAACCCUGUGAAAAAAAGCCGCUAGUCUAUAAGUUGUUUUAAUGUGACAAAGAAAAUAGUUAAUAAAAGAAGCAUUAACAAAGAUAAUCUUAUAAAUUAAUAUUUAAACUUAAUAGGAUUUAAUACUUUACUUGUGAGAUAUAAUUAUAACAUUAAUUAAUGUAAUAAGUCGGUCGGCGCAGUGUGCACCAGCGGGCUGGUCUUAGCUGUACGCAUACGUGUUGAGUGAUUAAUAUUAUAAAUAUAUAAAUAUAUAUACAUAAUAUAUAUAUCAAAAGCGUGCCAUACAUAGAGACUUUUAUCUCCUGUCGCCUCAACUUUUCGUGUUCAUACGUCGUUCUUCGCGCAUAUUUUAUUCUCUUUUCCCCAUACUGAUCUUUUUAUCGAAAUCAUUUUAAUGUGUGUUAAUUAAUUAUUAUAAAGACUUUUUGCUUGCUGUGCGUGUAUUGGUAGGCGGGGUCAUUUCUUACUCUCUUACCAGAGGUUUCCACUAUCAAGCUAAAAAAGUGUAGUGCACUAUUUUCAAUAAAACGUUAAUUAAUUUGUCCAACUUAACCUGUAUCCCCGCCCACCUCUCAAAGGAUCGGUCUGAUUUUAAACAAACUAGUUAUAAAAAUAAACCCAAUUUGAAUUAUAUUCGUCAUAUUUUGGCGGAGUUUAUGAUCUAGAAACCCUGUUAGAAACUAAUUAUUAUCCCGUGCAAGUUUCGUUGAUUAAUUCGCCCGAAAUCCCUUUAUAGGUUGUUUUUUUUUUGUUGUUAUUUAUUAAGUAUGGCACUUGGUCGGCGAGACUUGCACCCAAUCUAUAUAUAGAGUUAAACAUAUUUAUAUAUUUGAUAUUUAAAUCAUUUUGAAAUUUUAUGAAAGAAACCAUUCUGUCCUUAGAGGUAUUUCUACAUGCCUUAUUAAUAUUUAAUAAUAAUAAGGCAUAAAAGUUAUCUCGGCAAUCCAUUUUGUUACAUAUUUGUAUUUAUCUCUCUAUUAAAACAAAUUGAAUUAACACCACCUAUACAUGCUGUACUUAUUAAUUUUUUAUUGUACAAAUUGUGUUAUACUAUAUUAUAUCGUUAAAAUUACAUUUUUCUCUUCGUCUGAGAGACGGCGUUUCAACCGUGGGCCCUGUACGAGUUAUUUAAAAACCACAUAAAAGUUUUAUUUUUAAAUAACACCACAGGGUCUGCUUCUAUGUAAAUAAGUGUACAAAAUAUGUGUUAAUCACUUAAUGUUUAUUCACUUUUAAAUAAUGAUAAUGAAUCUCUUGCACCAUUGUUUAAAUCUUGUUAGAAACGAUUUGAAAGCGAUUUCUCUGAGACGUUGAGUUUUAUUGAUGAGCGAAUGAUGAAUUAAAUCAAAUUUCUCCUGAUUUGGGGUCGGCUUUUGAUCGUCCAACACAAUAAUAAUCUUAAUUAGUGAAACAAGACCGAAAAACGUUUUGAUUUCUAGAUGAAUUCACCCUUUUAAAUUGGGAAGCUAGAGUUUUUGUGCAUUAAUGUGUCAGACGAUCAAGCAAACCCCAAAUAUUUUUUUUGUUGUACGAUUGAGUGUUAAAUUAUGUAUCUAAUCUUAUUCUGUAAAUUUUCUCUAUAAUAUAUUAUAUACAAAUUAAUACAAAA